UCGGAGAUCUCUUUCAUCAAUCAAAUUGGAAGAUCAGAUGAUUCCUCGAUCUUUCACACCUUGUGGCACGGUAAAGAGUGUAUCCUGAAAGUAUAUCACUCAACCGAGCCAUCCCCGACAGACCCCCCAACCCGCGAAAUCGACCCAUUCAAAUGCGAAAGUGUCGCGUUUGCACGACUCCACGAACGCGGUCUGUGCGAUCAAGAGUAUGUCCCUCGCUUUUAUGGCAUAGUAGAGCGGUUCACCCUUUGGAAUGGUCACCCCAUCUCGAUGAUUUCCUGGAUGACCGUCUACGUCCCAAUGCAGUUCUGCUUGAGUACAUACCCAACCUGUGCCCAAUAGCACUGUCCAAAUUCUCAGAAAAUCGUGUCCAGCAGCUCCAUCACAUCCUACUCGAGAUCCAUCGUGCAGGUAUCUACCAUGGGGAUCCGUAUCCACGCAAUAUGAUGGUCCAGGAAGGCUCGGACCGAGUUCUCUGGAUUGACUUUACCUACGCUCAGACACUUACGCCAGAUUCUAUGCAACCGUAUCAUGUAGAAUGGAUGAAAGAUGAGGCAGGUAUGAUGGAGUACUUUCUCAAAGCUCUGGUAUUUCCCCCGACGGCAUUACUGACUCCUGACGUGGUGCAUGCUUCUAACAUUUGAGAUAGGGGUUAUAAGCCGUCUGCGGAGGACGAUGAAACGUACUUUCGAAAACUCUCGGAUGUUUGAUCUGGAUCAUAGCAAGCGGGUCCUACACCGCUGGAGAGUUUUGGUUGGGGUGGAAUAUCGUUCUACCGAUGGACUGUGACAGACAGUG